AUGUCUGGAUCCCGCCGAGUUGCUAUUAUUACUGGAUCAUCUCGUGGUAUAGGUCGUGCCAUUGCACUCCGUCUUGCCAAGGACGGAUAUAACACAGUCAUCAAUUACCAAUCCAACGCUGCAAAAGCUCAAGAAGUGGUCAAUACCAUCCACUCAACUUAUCCAUCAGUCAAAGCUAUUGCAGUCAAGGGUGAUGUUGGAUAUUUGGAAGACGGUCAUAAGAUAAUUGGUGAAACCCUCAAGGCUUUUGGCCGGAUCGACGCCGUGAUCUUUAAUGCAGCGUGGAUCGUUUAUGAAUCCAUUCACGAAGUUACUGAGGAAUCCUACGAAAAAGCUUUCCGAACUAAUGUCAAAGCACCCAUGUUCUUCACCAAGCAAUUGAUCCCUCAUCUUAAGGCUGGAGCACGCCUGAUCUUUGUCUCCUCGAAUCUCACCUCGGCCUCUAUUGUAACGCCAACCUUCUUCCUAUAUUGCGCAACUAAGGGAGCGGUCGAACAAAUGACUAGGACAUUGGCUAAGGAUUUGGGUAGCAAUGGUAUAACCGUCAACUGUGUCAAUCCUGGUCCCACAGAUACUGAGGGGUUCCGAGACGGUAAUUCGGAAGCAAGUAUAAAGUUCUUAGAAGGUGCGACCCCAUUGGGACGCUUGGGACGCCCUGAAGAUAUCGCCAAUACAGUCUCGUUCCUAUGCAGUGAAGGAGCGGCAUGGGUCAAUGGACAAAUUAUGCGCUUUGAUGGAGGCAUGACUGUAUAG